AUGACCAAGCGAACCGUUGGCGGGUCUGUUGUCGCAGAGCUCCUUCAGCACCCUGAGCUCUACCAUAUUCGAGCAAUGACCCGCGACCCAACCAAGCCUGCUGCGCAAGAGCUCGCUGCCCGCGGCGUUGAGCUCCACCGCGCUGACUUGGAGAGUGGCAAAGAAGCCCUCUUGGCCGCAUUUGCCGGCGCACACGCCAUCUAUGCCCUGACCGAUUUCUGGCAGAAGCAGUCCGCCGAGGCAGAGAUUGCGCAGGGUAAGGCUAUUGCCGAUGCCGCCGCUGCAACAGCAACUCUGCAGCACCUUGUCUGGAGCGCGCUUCCCGACCCUGUCGCCCUGUCCGAGGGCAAAUUCCUCAAUGUUCACCACUGGAAGGGAAAGAGCCUGAUCACCGACUAUAUCCGAACGGAGAAGCCGGAGCUGUGGGCCAAGACGACGACGAUUCUCUUCCCUAACUACUUUGAAAACUGUCUGACCACCCCGGACCGGUAUCUUCCUGUCAAGGACGAAAAUGGAACGUACACUCUCCGGUUCCCGCAUAGUCCCAAUACCGUGCUGCCCAAUGUUGCAAUCGCUGAUACCGGCAAGUUGGUCCACCUUGUCCUCGAGGCCGGCUCGGUCUACUUCACCAAGGCCAUCGCAUUCUGGGCGCAGGCCCUAUCGGAAGCAGAGAAGCUUGCUGAAAUAGGGGAAUAUUACGGUCUCCCAACCCGCUACGAAGCGACCAGCACCGAAGAGUUCCAACAGCUCCUCAUGUCCCGGGACGGCAUGUCGGCGGAGAUUGCAUUGGACUUCACGGAGCAACUGAUGAUCUUUGAAAAAUGCGGAAAUGUAUAUGCACGGCAAGAGUUUGUGCAGGCACGAGAGAUACCUGGCCUGGUACUCCAGUCGUGGUCCGACUUUAUUCGCCAGCACACGUUGCUGGGCAAGCGUUAG